AAACUAUGCGUGUCAAGACUAAAACGGCAACCCACAACACAUAACAGGAGUAUUACAAGCAACAAUAACAUCAGUCGUAGCAAUCGUCGUUUGAAAUACACUAAGAGUAUUACACGCAACAUCGAAAGUAACACUCGCAGUUUGCAAUACUAAACCUUGGAUUACAUCGUGCAAAAGUUGCUUUAAAACAAAAAUGUUGACCGCUAUGACGUCACGUGAGAUUGUCCUCCUGGCAUUGGUGUUCGUCGCUUGGACGAUGACGUCAUUCAUAUGCCACGAGAGCGGGAAGACUUUCCUGGCACUGUCCGGUACGUUCCUGGCAGAUGUCAAUGUGCUAGGGGGUGCCGCGUCCAACAUUGUGUUAGCAGUUGUCCUGACCGCCUCACAGUGUUUGGUUUGUUACGGCACCGUCAACCUGAAGUCACUGACCAGCUCGCCUCUCAGGCUAGUGCUAGUGACGUCACACGUGCUGGCCACUCUGGCCACUAACUACAGCAUGACCUACAUAGAGGCCGCCUCGACCCAAGCCAUCAAAUUAACGGAACCUGUUACCAUGGCAAUAGGCCAGCACCUGUACUUCAAAACACCUGCCACGGCCCACACCCUCGUCAGCAUACCUGUGAUCAUAUCAGGUGCACUAUUGUUCUCAGGUAAGUCCCUGGCGGACGCGACAGAAAUCUGCGGCAUAUUCCUCGCCUUCUCCUCCAACAUCAUCCUGACGGCGCGCAACAUCGGCCUUAAGUCCGGCCAGACCGCAGCGGCCAAGUCCCAGCUCACGCUGAGGUCGGCCUGGUGCAUCUCGCUGCUGUUGCUGUGUCUGAGCGCCGUGAUGCUGGUGGUCAUGGUGCUGGACGGGCAGCACAGUCUGCCCGCCCCGACCCUCAGGAUUGUCGGCUGUCUGUUCGCGUCCAGCGUGUUUCAUGUGGUGUACUCGUACAUUUCUACCAACGUUGUUCUCAAGGUGAUGAACGUGGUGAGCCACUCUAUUGCCAACAUCUUCAAACGUCUGCUGGUCGUGCUGCUCCUGUACGCCGUGGGCAAGCGUCAGGCGUCAGGCUGGAACCUCCUGGGUCUGGCUGUGGCCACGGUGGGGCUGUACAUCUACGUCAGGGGCAAACACACGGCAAGCAGCGACACGCAGUCACACGCGGACGUCAAGGGAGACGGGACUCAGUCGUGGUUCUCCUCAGCCAAAUACCAGCGUAGUUUUGGACUUCUGCUCAGCUGUCUCGCCCUGUUGUCCUUCACCUCAGUCAUCAACAGCACUAACAACAUCCUCUUCCAUCCCAACUCCUACCUCACCUCCAACUUCACCAUUUAUAAUCGUGACCUCACGUUUUUGAAGCAGUUCAUGAACAACCCGUCGUACACGCCGAAAUCUGAAAACAUGGAGUUUUUAUCCUGGAGUCUAGUCGAUCACCCUUUUGAAACAGAUUUAAGAGCGAAAGAAUUGACAACAAAUCUAGAAAUUGUCGCUGAAGCGCAGAGAAUUCUAUUUAAUCUUCUCAGCGAUUUGAUUGGUCCGGCCAGGCACGUGAUGCUGAUGGAGAUAGCGACGUACCAAAACAAGGGCGACCCGGCUAUCACGGCAGGGGAAGUGAUGCUGCUGAGGAAAUUGAACAAGACGAUCGUGUACUACUGCGAGACUUGGAAGUGCGAUAAACCCCAGCAUCUAGAGCAAGCGGUCAAUAUCGGUAACAAUUACUCCGCGGAUGACUUGGUGAUAUUAAUGCAGGGCGGGGGUAACCUGGUGGGGUAUGAUUUUGUCGACCGCAUCAGGAAAAAUAUAAUGGACGCUUUUCCAAAACACCGGCAGAUCCUUCUCUCGCAGAGUAUUUGGCUGAACGGCAGAAACAACAAAAGUCUUGAAUUAUGUAAAGAAAUUUACUCGAACCGUUCCAAUCUUGUCAUGUUCUUGCGCGACCGACAGUCUCUUGAAAUCGCCCGGGCAAAUUUUCACGGCGUCAAACAUAUCCUGGCACCGGACAUGGCGUUCGGGAUGGGGAUGGUCCCGCGUCAGAUGCCUCCGUUCUACGACGUCAUCUGGCUCAAGCGAGGCGACGGCGAAUCGUCUAAAUAUGAACUUCCGGAAUUCCCCGCGGGGAUUUCCGUUCACGUCUCUGACUGGAUCAAGGAGUGGGUCUCAAACGUUGGGACCCGGGAUAUGGAGACCUCCUUGCUCAUCGCGACCGCCGGGUUUCAGUUUCUGCAAAGGGGGCGUGUCGUCAUCACGGACCGCCUCCACGGGCACAUCCUGUCCACGAUGAUGAGUAUCCCGCACGUGUUGAUUGACAACCCGCCCUUCUUCAAGCUGUCGUCCUUCGACCGCUCCUGGACCCGGAGUUUAAGCAACGCUGUCAAGGUCAGCAAUGGCACCCUGGCGCUAGAGGCGGCCAUCGGCCUGUUGAGACAGUACAAUGCCAGUCUGCCGCAGGUCGGACCCAGAGACAUGAACAGGUUUCAGAUGGUUAAAGUAUAGGGUUCUAGGUUUGGGCGAGUUACUUCCUACAAUAAGGCAUUAAGCUUGAGGUAGAGGUCAUAACGUUAGGUCUUGUAAGCAUGGUGUAUCGGCCCUUAAUUGCAGGUCUUGUAGGCUUGGUAUAUCAGCCUUAAAGUUAGGUCUUGUCUUGUAAGCAUAGUGUAUCGUGCCAAAGUUAAGUCUUGUAAGCAUGAUGUAUUGGCCUUAAAGUUACGUCUUGUAAGCAAGAAGUAUCGGUCUUAAAGUUAGUCCUUGUGAUCUUGGCGUAUAAACCCUAAAGUCAGACUUCCAUAACAUAAGGCCCUGAAUCUGAAGAACGUUCACAGGAAACAAAUUAUUACGUUUUUUA